UCAAUUCAAAGCUCGCACCCGCUCUCCUUCCUUCCCUGUUUGCCAGCCGAGGAGACAGGGAGCACGAGGAGAGCGAAGACCGCGCAGAGCAGAGAGACCACAGAGAGAGAGGGAUAAACCUCCCUCCAUUUUUAUUACACCAAAAACCCACCGCGAAGGUCUCUCCAGAUUCGCUCCACGUUCCCCGCAACGCUCUCCGCUCGCCGAAUCGAGCCCCCAAUGCGCGCGCCAGCAGCGCGGGCGAGUGCGAGAUCCGGGGGCGCCGUUUGACCUGGGCAGGGCAGACGGCUCCGGCUCCGACUCCGGGCGCCGCCGCAUUCGGCGAGGCUUGGCGCUCCGGUCUGUAGUCCAGAGUUUAGUGGGUGAUUCUGUACGACCUUGCGAUGAUUAUAACUGCAACACUUGAGGGUUGGUAGUAGCACAUGCACAAGGCUUGAUGAACUUGGGUGAGAAUUACUUAUCGAUGACUCGGGCUUCAACUCUUGAUUUCCGGCGGAAGACGCAGGGUCAGAACAACUGGUCUGGGCCGUUGCGCCCAGUAAACGUCAUCAGAAAUAAAUUCCCUACCUACAAGAAUGGUUUGAAUGGGAUAGUCAUCAAAUUUGCAGAUGAGCCAGAAAUGCCAUCUCUUAAGGAGUCUGUUGCUAAAGAGACAGCAGAUCUGCUUGAUCGGCGUCAACGUCUUUCAGUCCGCGAGCUCGCAAUGAAAUUUGAGAAGGGCCUCAGUACUGCCACAUUAUUGUCUAACGAGGUUAAAUGUAAACAAGUGGCUUUAUUGGAGCGAGACAUCCUUCUGAAGAAUCUAAAGAGUGUAUUGGAGUCACUGAGAGGUCAAGUAGCUGGCAAAUAUAAGGAUGAAAUCGAGGAAUCAGUAUCUAUGGUGGAUAUUUUAGCAGUUCAGCUGUCCAAAAGAGAAAAUGAGUUGCUUCAGCAGAAAACCGAGGUCACGAGAAUAGCGACUUCACUGAAACUGGCUUCUGAAGAUGCUAGGAGAAUUGUUGACGAAGAACGAACUAAUGCCCGCACGGAGAUUGAAAAUGCUAGAGCUGCUGUACUAAGAGUUCAAAAAGUACUUAAAGAGAAAGAGAACAGUUCACAAAGAAUUGGGAAGCAGGAUGUGGAUGAACUUAGGGAAAAAGUUCAAGAAGCACGGAGAGUCAAGAUGUUGCAUUGCCCCAGCAAGGCAAUGGACAUAAAAAGCGAGAUCCAUGUUCUACGUGAUCAAUAUGCCGAGAUAUCUUCCAGUUCUACUCAUCUUUUAAAAGAGUUGGAGUUGCACCAAAGUUUUAAGGAAAAUGGCGUGCCCUCAUGUGAGUUGGAGGGUCUCGAAAGCUUAGGCUCAAUGCUGUGCGUAGUUGUCAAGAAUGAUGUGGCUUUAUCGAAUAGUUCAGUACAAUGGUUCCGCAUACAGCCUGAGGGACCCAAGAAGGAAAUCAUUUCCGGUGCCACAAAGCUAGUGUAUGCUCCAGAACCUCAUGACGUAGGGCGGUACCUGCAAGCUGAGGUUAACCUUGGUGGUCAAACCUCUGUCGCAAAGACUGCUGGCCCACUAGACCCUGCACCAGGUUUGGUCGAUUAUGUAGAGACCCUUGUAAGGAAUCCUGAAACCGACUACAAUGUUGUUGUCCUUCAAGUGAACGGAAUCAACCAACCUACAGAUUCCAUCCACAUCCUAUGCGUCGGGAAACUGCGGAUGCGACUUGCCAAAGGAACAACGGUCGUAGCCAGGGAAUUCUACUCGUCGUCGAUGCAGCUAUGCGGCGUUAGGGGCGGCGGAGAUGCGGCGCCUCAGGCGAUGUUCUGGCAGCCCAGGGAAGGCCUCAGCUUGGUCCUGGGCUUCGAGACGCCCAGGGAGCGCAACUCGGCGAUCAUGCUCGCGCGGAGAUUCGCUAUCGAUUGCAACAUCAUCCUCGCCGGUCCAGGGGACAAAACUCCGUGGUGACACGACCAAGCACACCAGCUAACUUAGUUCUGACCCUUGACGGAAUCAGUGUACAUCUAUCUCUGUGCAGUGCACGGCAGCGUCUGUUUAGUAGUAGCUCAGUGCCCACUUGGCAUCGGUUCAUUGUUUUCUUGCCUAGGUUUCUUCAUCUUCUUUCUUUCACGUCAUCACUGUAUCCUGCUAGUAUCUUGCUAGGUAGAGCAUGUCUUUUGAUUUUCCUGACACCCUGGUGCGAGAUCUAUAGGUGUGUGCCAGUUCCAUUGUAAUUUUAUAUUUGAACAAUAAAAAUGUGACGCUGAUGUACGCCUUCAUGCCCAA